UUUAGGGUUACUGAUUUUUCUUUGGCGUAGGCUUACCGCUUAACGACGGAUUAAUUAGAGAACGAAGAGAAUGGAUUUGUCGCUGUGGAGGCGGCUAUUUGGCGGAGGGGCGGCUCCUCCGCCAAUGUCCGGCGGCAGCGGUGGCGAUUCCUCCAUGCUCUGGGCGGCGCAUCCCUCCCACCUGAGCGGAGCUCCGCGGCGCAUUGCGAUCUUCACCAUCGGCAGCCUGGCCAGGAUCGCCGUGACGCUGCUCAAUUCGUCUCACGUCCACAACGCGGACACUCUGCUCCAUCUCGUCACCGCCAGGCCGCCCGGCACGCCGCUCAUCACCGUCAGCAAUCACACAUCGACCUUGGACGAUCCGCUAAUGUGGGCGUUCAAGGGAUUUCCCGUCACCAACGCUCGCCUCUCGCGAUGGAUUCUCGCCGCCGAGGACAUUUGCUUCACGAAUCCACUCUUUUCCUAUUUCUUUCGCGUCGGGAAGUGCAUUCCAAUCAGGCGAGGAGCUGGAAUCUAUCAGCCCUUCAUGGACGAGGCACUGGACAGAAUCAACGAGGGAGAAUGGAUGCAUACGUUUCCAGAAGGCAAAGUCUGCCAAGAGCACGGACCACUGAGACGAUUUAAGUGGGGGGUCGGAUCUCUCGUCGCUCGCGCUGCUGUUCCUCCAAUCGUGCUGCCGAUCGGUCACACUGGAUUCGACCAGGUAAUGCCCGAGAAGUACAUGUUUGGGAGGAGACCGCUGCUCCCUCUGGCCGGGAAGAAGAUCACCAUUGUCGUCGGCGAGCCGAUGGAGUUCGACAUGGCCAGCUUGCGAGACACGGCGAUGAAGUUCAGUGCUAGCAGCCCAUCGCCAUUCCCGCUGAGCUGCAACGCUUUCAAGAUGGAUCUGGCCGCGAGGAGGCCCGGGCCCCAGCACCUGGUGGCUCUCGACGACAAUUCUCUGGGCUGGCUCUACUCGCACAUCACGCAGCAGAUUCAAGCGGCCGUGGAGGAGCUAAGAUGGCAAGCGCUGGGGGAAAAUCGUCAAAGCUCGUGACCGUGAGAGCUUGUUGCUCGUCACUAGAACUUGCGGCCUUUGGAAACCUUCUCGCCUGGAUAUCUUCAUGGAUUUUCUACACAAAGCUCCAGAGUUACAUAGCUUGAUCGGCGAAGAAACAAACACGUUUGCUUACAUCGAUGCUUGGGUUGUAGUUCUGGAAAGACAUGCGCCCGAGCGAAGCAGCGGGCUUUGGAUCCCCUUCCAUGAUCACGACGCUAGAAGAGAUGGAAGAACAACGAAGAGAAGGUUAGAAAUGGGGAUGGAGAAACCUCCUCGAUGAAUACCUCUGUGUUGGAAGUAUUCAUGGGAAUGAGAAGAAGAAAUGCAUGGAAGCUUUUGUUUGUACCA